AUGCCCCGCAAAGUCACCCAGCCAUCCACAGCCUGGCGCAGAGAAGAGGAGCCGCUGCCGUCUCCGGACGGUGCUAGCACCGACGCCGAGUCCGAGCCACUGCCGCCCGGCCGCACCGAGAGCCCGACUGCUGCCGCCGCAGAGACUCCAAGUGAGGAACUUGAUAAUAGGAGUUUAGAAGAAAUUUUGAAUAGCAUCCCUCCUCCACCACCUCCAGCAAUGACCAAUGAAGCUGGAGCUCCUCGGCUUAUGAUAACUCAUAUUGUAAACCAGAACUUCAAAUCCUAUGCUGGGGGAAUAAUUCUGGGACCUUUUCAUAAGCGCUUUUCAUGUAUUAUUGGGCCAAAUGGCAGUGGCAAAUCCAAUGUUAUUGAUUCUAUGCUUUUUGUGUUUGGAUAUCGAGCACAAAAAAUACGGUCUAAAAAACUCUCAGUACUAAUACAUAAUUCUGACGAACACAAGGAUAUUCAGAGUUGUACUGUAGAAGUUCAUUUUCAAAAGAUAAUUGAUAAGGAAGGAGAUGAUUAUGAAGUCAUUCCUAACAGUAACUUCUAUGUAUCCAGAACAGCCUACAGAGAUAAUACUUCCGUCUACCAUAUUAGUGGGAAGAAAAAGACAUUUAAAGAUGUUGGGAAUCUUCUUCGAAGCCAUGGAAUUGACUUGGACCAUAAUAGAUUUUUAAUCUUACAAGGUGAAGUUGAACAAAUUGCUAUGAUGAAACCAAAAGGCCAAACUGAACACGAUGAGGGUAUGCUUGAAUAUUUAGAAGAUAUCAUUGGUAGUGGACGGCUAAAUGAACCUAUUAAAGUCCUUUGUCGGAGAGUUGAAAUAUUAAAUGAACACAGAGGAGAGAAGUUAAAUAGGGUUAAGAUGGUGGAAAAGGAAAAGGAUGCAUUAGAAGGCGAGAAAAACAUAGCUAUUGAAUUCCUUACCUUGGAGAACGAAAUAUUUAGGAAAAAGAAUCAUGUUUGUCAGUAUUACAUUUAUGAUCUCCAGAAAAGAAUUACUGAAAUGGAAACUCAAAAGGAAAAAAUUCAUGAAGAUACCAAAGAAAUUAAUGAGAAGAGCAAUAUACUGUCGAAUGAAAUGAAAGCUAAAAAUAAAGCUGUAAAAGAUGCAGAGAAG